GAAGGCCGAAGCGUCGCAGCAAGCUAUCCAACGACAACAACUAAUGAGCAUGCAUAAAUUUGACUUCGUAUAUAUUCCCAAGAAAUUAGUUUUUUAACACAGAAAACGCAAAGCCAAACUUAACCUAACCCCCGUUAUCGUUCUGCGCUUGUGGUUACCCAACAAAGCCAGCCUCUGAUUUCUCAGAACCCUAGAUUUCUCUCUCUUUCUCUCUCUCCAUGGCACCUAAGCGACCGUCUCCUCUUGAUGAGCCCCCGGCUGCUUCUUCAUCAGAAGAGGAGGAUGCUUCAUCAGGAGAGGAGGAGGAAGAAGAAGAAGCUUCCGGAUCUGAGUCCGGAUCCGAAGAAGAAGAAGAAGAAACCGAAGACCCAAAAACCUCAGUUUUACCCUCUAAUCAUGCCGCUGAUAAGAAAGCCCCUUCCAAAAAGGCUGACCCUGCUGCUGCCAAUUCAAAGCCACACUCCUCGUCCACCGGAUCCGAAUCCGAAACAGAGUCCGGUUCGGACACUGAACCGGAAAAUACCCGACGGCCCACCGGGGCAGCCGAUCCUAAUGUCAAACCCAUCGCUUCGAAACCCAUGGAAGAGACAUCCACUGCUAAGAAGCCUAGAUCGAAGUCCAACGCAACGCCGGCGGCGAGGUUACCGGCGAAGCGGCCAAGCGGCGAGAGUGAGGCCAAAGAGUCGAAGCGCGCUAAGAAGAAGGGUCAGGAACCCGAGGACGAGGACGAGCCUGGCACAGCCUCAGUGGCUGAGGAAGAACAGAAAAAACCUGGAGAUGAGAAGAAGCUGUUCCAGAGGCUAUGGAGCGAGGACGAUGAGAUUGUGAUAUUGAGGGGUAUGAUUGACUACACUGCUAAGAAAGGGGCAGACCCAUCUGCGGACAUGAAUGCCUUUCACGAUUUUAUCAAGAAAUCGCUUCAGAUUAAUGUCACCAAGGCUCAGUUGGCGGAUAAAGUUCGAAGAUUGAAGAAGAAGUAUGAGAACAAUGCUGGUAAGGGUAAGAAGUAUAACCCCACCAAGCCUCACGAGCUGAAGGCAUUCGAAUUGUCGAAAAAGAUAUGGGGUGGUGAAGGACCUAGUGGGGGAGGAGGGGAUGAGCCCAAGUCUAAUGGCAAGGUCAGGAGUAACCAGAAAAGUAAUAGGUCCUUGGCUCUGCUGAAAGCAGAAUUGCUUUCUACACCCGAACCUCCCAAAGAGGCUGAGAAGAUGGAGAUCGAUGGGAAUCCCGGCGUGUCAGAAAGCUUGAAUGAGGUAGUUGAGUUUGGUAAGAGUUUGGCAGUAGUGGGUUUGCCAGAGCAUGUUGUGAAGAAGGGCCUCGAUUUAAUUUCUGGAUCAAAGAAAGCAGAGUUGGAGGAGAAGUGGAAGAAGCUGCAUGUUGCCGAGUUGGAGCUUUAUGCUAAGCGGACUCAGUUGAUCAGUGAGCAAGCCAAGUUGAUUCUGGAUGCAUAUAAGAGGUCAUCAGACCAUUAAGUACAAAAGUUAUUAUGGAUUUUGGGUUUAAGAGGGUUUUUUUUGGUUUCUUUCAUGGUAGGGUUUACUUAUUAUGCAGUUUGUAGUAUUUACCUGCUUUAUUUACUAUUUAGUUUUUUUUUUUUCUUUUUUCAUGCACAGAGUAAUUUGCCUUUGUUGCUUAAACCUCUAUCGUCCUUCUCUUUGUUUAUGUUGUUAAUUAGUAUUAUUUUCAAUCUUA